AAGAAAAGACUAGAAUUGGGAAAAGAAAAAGGGAUGCAAGAAACAUUAAUCAAAGGUUCGAUGAUAUCCAUUUUUCUCCCCUGUACGUUGUGCCGUGUGUGUCCAUUGAAACCAUCACAAUGCGUCUAUCAACUCUCUCCUCUCUCCUUCUAGGAAGCAGCAGUAUUGUCUUUGCACGAGUCCCACCUACCGUCGAUAACCAAGAGCCCAUCAAAUCGACAUCCUACUUCCUCGACGAUCCCGACUUCCCUUCCCACUUCGAAUUCGAGAAUCCCGAGACAAACUGCAAAUACGUCUCGCAGCCAUGGAUCUACAAUGCCUUCAACAGCGUCAGCGAGGAUAUGGAAGCUGUCUUCAAAUACGCUCAUCCUGACUUGCAUGUUAGAAUCAUGGGCCAUCAUCCGUUUGCUGGAUACUACCACAAUCCUAAGAUGGCAUUUGUCAACUCGCUUUGGCGGUUGAAUAAUUGCUUGAAGGAUGCCAAGGUCGAUGCAAAACUUUGGGCUAUUCACGGUGGAUGUGAUCAGGCGUGGAGCGUGCAAGAAUUCUACUUCAAUGCGACUACCAACAAAGGACAACCAUGGGAAUUGACGAGUCUCUGGGUCUCCCGCUGGGACGAGGAUGGACUCAUUAGAGAAGUCCGCACCUGGGUCGAUGCUGGCCAAAUCAUGCGUACUCUCUGGGAUAAUGAAAUUUGGUUCAACUCGAGCGACCGCGUCCAUCACUACGAUUUCAUUCCCGGUCCUGGUGGCCUUCCGCCUAUUGCUAAUAAAACUGAAUUAGGGGGUGAACUAUAAUCCAAACAUGGUGGUUGAUAUCAAAGUCAUUGGUGUUUUGUUCACAGUCUGGGAGUGUAUCACUCGACGUCAAUAUCUUUGGAAUUUUUUGGUAAAUAGAAUUGUCCAGAAAUGCAACGAAUUUGUAGUGCGGAAGAGCAAUUAAUUUUCUAUCGGGUUUACUCUC